AUGGACGACGAAUACACACAUGCCAGUAACUUGUUCGAAGCGAUUCCCCACAUUUCAAGAGAAGUUGACGACACACUCUAUGAAAAGGUGUUUUCUUUCCUCAAUGGCGUUAUCAGCAAAAGCACUCUGCAACAGCUCGAAUCGUUGAAUGCUCUUGACGUUUUGAACCAGACUUGCGAACAGCCUGAACAAGAUUAUCGCGUGCGUGCUCUAUGCUUUCGGUUACUGGGCAGCAUUGUAUCACACAAUCCGAUCGUGUUUCAAGCGUUGCAAACCACGUAUUCGAGGACAUUGGAUCUUAUCAUGGAGGGAUUGCAUGCUGAAGAACCAGCUAUGCGAUGUGCAAGUUUGGAGAUAUGCCGUUCUUUUUUAUCAUGCGAACCAGCCCUGGAAUGGAUCAUCAAUCAUAAAGCAGUAACGGAUGGCAUUCAACAAGGAUUUACGGAUACGAGUCUUUAUGUUGUGGCAGAGAGUUGCAGGACGUUUCGAUUGGUGAUUGAGAAGCACGGCUCAUCAAGAUUAUAUCAGACGCUCAACCCCACAUCACAAAUCAAGAACAUCAUCAGGCAAAGGGACAAGAAUGUGAGACUCUUAUUAUCCGCACUCGAAUUUUGCUGGGUAAUGGUGGAUUCAAAAUCAAAGGCUGCUUUGGAUUAUAUGCUUCAUGAACGAUUGCUAAGCGAUUUAUUGCCAUUGAUCCACGUGACCAAUCGUAUAGCCUUACUCAAGACUUUGGAGAUCUUAACGGUGAUCUUUGAAUGGGUCCCUUCUCCUUUGUCGCUAUUGCUGGAAGACGAGCCGGUGGAUCUUGAGGGUGAUUCAGACAUAAAGAAAGCUUACGAGUAUAUGGUGGGUGAAUCUGCAAGGAUGACAGAAGGUCCUGCCAAGCUCACCAACGUCCUUACUUCUGUGUCUCUGAAAGAAGCAACCCUUCCCUUGCUCACAAGAUUUGCAAGUGCUGGAUCACCACAAGUCAACACCUUACAUCAAGAAAUGCUUGAUUUGCUUAACGCCUGUACAUCACCUUCAUUAUCAUCCUCAGCAAACAAUCAAACGACGUUAUUACUCAACAAUGUCAGGACACUUCAUUCCCGCAAAAGUAUCAUCCAAGUGAUUUUGCGGAUAUUGAACACCUUGGUAUCCAAGUUUCCUGGUAUAUCCAUGAGCACAACCCUUGAUGCUGUCGAAGGCGUUCUUGAAAAAAGCGAACUGUCAUCGGAUCAACGUGUUCUCAAGCUGGCAUUGAAGCUUAUCCUUACGCUCUUUCACAAUUUUGCCAAUGCUGAUUCGGUGGAUAUUGUUUCAAAGACAAUGCGAAAGCUGUUGUGGUUGCUUAAUGAAAAGAUCAUGGGCGGUCGAAGCGCAGCACUCGUCUUGGAAACGUUUCAAGAGCUCAUGGCCCAUGACAAGCUGGGGACACUAAUGAUGGACAAGGCAGUUGCAGGAUCCUUUAUUAUGGCACUUGAACUCAUGUUGGUGAAUCAAGAAUGGGAUGUACGAGAUUCGGCUAUUGAAUUCAUCGGGAAUCUGUUCAAGCCACCACGAUCCGAAUUCAAGAUGGCAUUUGCUUUGGAGCACAAGUUACCCUUUAUGGUUUUACGAUGCAUCAAUGACAAAGAACCUUAUGUGAGAGCAACGGCGCUGGACGUGUUGCAGAAUUUCAUGCGGAGUAAAGAUGGAUGGUAUUUUAUUCAGCAGCAUCAACGAAUUCGUGAAGUGGCAUCACAACUACCACGAUUUUUAUACGACACGGAGGCAUUUGUACGUCGAGCAGCUUUGGAUGCCAUUUGUUGCCUUGUGAGCAAUCGAUCUUGCGAAGGAAUGACAAUCGAAUCCACGUCGUCUACAGAGCAAACAUCUCUCAACCCUAUCAUUGUUUCCAAACUAAUGGACGACCCCGAUUCGGAUGUGAUCAUGCGUAUGUUGCAAGUACUUUAUGCAUUUUGGAAACUGCAUUUGCAUGAAAACGCACAGCAAAAGCGCACUCGUACCGAAGAUGAUGAUGAUGCUGCCAUGGCAACCGAGCCCGAGUCUGUAUUUUUCAUGAUCAAAGGCGAUCACUGGAUCAUUGAAGCGACAAAAGAUACCCAACGUCGAGUGCGAGCUCAAGCAUAUGAUGUCAUACAACAUAUCUUGCGGGAUUAUCCCCAUGUUUCCAUGCAGAAAGGCGAACACAAACGAGCAUUCGAUGAGACCCCCAGCAAAGAACAAGAGUUUAUCAAUGCACUUGGCCUAUUGGAUAUGGAAAAAUUGCAAGGUGCACUUGAUCCCGAACACAUCUUCCAAGAGGCACUCGAUAUCAAUGCUGCCAUGAUGACAAUGUCACUUGAUCCCAAAAAUCCCGAUGAUGACCGCAACAUCCUGGAUUGUUACAAUUGA